CAGCCGCUGGAAGCUAAAGCUAAUGCUAAUGCUAAUAAACAUCAGCGCUUUAAUCCGCCGGGUUGCUCCUGUAUUCAGAUGUGUUCGUCUGUUCUUUAUGCAAAGUAGAGGCCUGGCUGAAUGGUGUGGAUAUAAUGCAGAGUUCUCGACAUUUCUUUACACGCACUGAAGGCUGCACAUUUAUGGCGUUUGUGAGUGUGAGUGGAGAUUUCUGCCAGGCUCAGCACCUGGUGAUUGUGGACAAGUGAAGAGUUCGGCGUGCCACAUGAAGAUAACGCCACGCGUCUACUGCCCUGCAUCUUGAGCUUUGGGGGUCCAGGCUGAAUUCGCCCAGAGUUCAAGCGUAUGAGUGGGUCUGAGCCAAACGAAGCGCCAAAAGACGUCACUUCUCUCCUGAAUGGGUUAAACGGAAAUUGAGAAUCUGAACGACAGCCCCCAGUUUUUUGUUUGUUUUGUAGUUUUUAAUAGAUAAUUCGUACUUUUCGUGGUGUACUUUUUUGUUCGCUUUUUAAAAAAAAAUAUAUGUAAAAUAUUUCAAUAUUACAAGUUGACCAACAUAACUAUUAGUUUACAUCGAAAGACCAUCAAAGAUUCACCAGUGUGUCAAGAUGAAUCGUCCAGCUCCCGUCGAAAUCACGUAUGAGUGUAUGCGCUUCUUGAUCACCCACAAUCCCACCAAUCCUCAGCUCACCAAGUUCACCGAGGAGCUGAAGGCGUUCGGGGUGCAGACCCUGGUUAGAGUCUGCAAUGCCACCUAUGACAAAGCGCCAGUGGAAAAGGAAGGCAUCGAAGUGUUGGACUGGCCCUUCGAUGAUGGCUGCUCCCCCCCUGAGCACAUCGUGGACGACUGGUUGAACCUGCUGAAAUGUAAAUUUAAAGACGAACCCGGCUGCUGUGUUGCAGUGCACUGUGUUGCAGGACUGGGACGAGCUCCCGUCCUGGUGGCCAUCGCCUUAAUCGAGUGUGGGAUGGUGUACGAGGACGCGGUCGAGUUUAUCCGACAGAAGCGGCGUGGAGCCUUCAACUGCAAACAGCUCCUGUACCUGGAAAAAUACAAGCCCAAGAUGCGUCUCCGCUCCAAGGAUCCCAACUGCUGCCUUCAGUAGGACGCCAGUCAAACAAAACACAAAUAUUCAUAAGAUGAAGAUGAGAAUGAAGUCUCUCUCUCUCUCUCUCUGAUUUAUUAAUUAUUGUAUUUUUUUGUUUUGCUUUAUUAUUGUGCCAAGCACACGUGGAUUUGUAGCGUCUGUAAUACAGCGUAAUAGCGUGUCUGUGUAUGUAUGAGUUUAGUGUUGUAUGUACGUACGGUUACUCGAACAAAACGAUCACAUAGGAACACAGCACAAUCCACCAGUGAAAACCAGAACUUAACACGGUCAGCAGGGGGUUAAUGCUCGGUCUCUCCUCACACCGGUCCUCACAAUCCUCACGUACACGGAGACGCUUUUACAGACCCAGGUAAAGAAUAGAAGUAAUCCCGGCCGCUCAUGUUGCUCUGGGAUUGUAGGCGUGUGCAGGCUGAGAAACGGUCCAGCAGGGAAGGGGGGUCAGAAUCAGGUCCUACACGGACACCAAGCUUUACACAUUUGGGCUGUGUUUCUAAUCUGUAAUCUCUUAACACUGUAGGGUGUGAUUUGGAACACAGCCCACGUCAGUUCCUGAGCUCUGCAUACAGAAGGAAUUUCAAAUAGAAACGUACUCGGUUUCCACCCAAUUCUAAGCCAGAAUUACAUUCGGCGUCUGGUUUAGCGAGGCUCGUAAUACGCUCCUCAACAUGGCUGUAUCACAAGGUCGUGAGAGGUGGAAGAGAUCUGAUUUUUGUGCCGAUUUCACCGAUUACCUGAUUUGCAUAUUUAUGAGAAGCACAACCUGCAGGUUUUCCUACAAAAGUUGAAGGUUUUUGUGCCCUGCAGCCUCUUAACGUUUGAAUUAAGGUGCAACGAGAUUCACAUCCAGACCUCAGAGUUAUUUAGAGAAACAGUAUUUACAGAUGUCUUUAAAAGAAAAAAGCCCAAGGGUCCUAAUGUAGCCCAUCACUACAAAGACCAGGAACUUGGGACUGUCUGGUGAAAAGAAGUGGCCAGUGAAUUGACAUGUGUCAGAGGAGGCGUGUGCUACAGUGUAGGUGUUGUGCAUAAAUAAUUCAGAGGUCACAAGUGUAAUAAUAAAAAUGGAUUUUAUUUGGGGGGGUAAAAGCUCAAUCACUAUUUAUUCCAGUGUGGUUACACGAGCACAGAAAUGAAAACAUAAAGUGGGAUUUACCUUCAUAUUCACCUGUUCUAGAUAGAAACAGAAGGUGUAAAAUCACCCUGCCAGGACAGAGAUCUGCAUCCUUCUUCUCUUGCUGCUGAUUUAUGGGAUCAAAUUUAAAUAAAAGUUGUAAAAAAUA